ACUUUGCAUAUGCAGACAACUGAGGCUAAAAUACCUACCUUAAAAUAUAUAAAAUACUAAUCAUUAUUGUACUAAACCUAUGUUGAAUCAAAUAAUGAAUUAGAUUAUUGCUACGAGUUUUUGGCGUAUUACGAAAUCAAAGAAACAAAAAUGAGUACAUAUCAUAAAGAAAGAAAUUUGGACAAGAUCUUACAGGAUUUAAUUGACUCUGCUACACAACAACUGACUCCAUAGCACAGAGGCUGCAACCAAGGGUAAUGGUGGGAUGAAUGAGAUCUUUCCACUCUUUAUUCGAGUCAGGUUUGAGCUUUGGGAUCUGAAAAACCCUUGGUAGGAGCGCUUUGCCUUUUAAUGACCUAUACGGUGCAAAUCUGAAUUAGUCGAACCUGAAUACCGUAUGAUAUAGAAAAAGGACACUAAAAAGCUAGUGUUGACUAUGAUUCCCUGAAAAGCAAAUAGGUGAAUAUAUAUAUAUUUCAGGAUCUUUAAGUCCUCUGGGGGAUAAUGUAUGCUUUAAAGAGCUGGUUUUGUUCAAUGAAAUUUAGACGUCCACCUGGUUUCGAGGACCAUGACUUAUUAGCUUCUGAGACUUCCUUUUCUGUUAAUGAAGUGGAUGCGUUGAAAAUUCUGUACGAGAAACUGAGCAGCUCCAUAAUUGAUGAUGGUCUUAUUCAUAAGGAAGAGUUUCUCCUUGCUCUUUUCAACUGCAGCCCUAAGCAGAAUCUUUUUGCUCAGCGACUGUUUGAUUUGUUUGAUCUUAAGCGUAAUGGGGUUAUUGAAUUUGGAGAAUUUGUUCGGUCGUUAAGCAUAUUCCACCCAAGGGCUCCUCAAGCAGACAAAAUUGAAUUUGCAUUUAAGUUGUAUGACCUGAACCACACUGGAUACAUAGAACGUGAAGAGCUGAAGGAAAUGGUAUUUGCUAUUCUGAAAGAAUCAGAAUUGACACUUCCAGAUGAUGCUAUCGAAGCAAUCAUUGAUAAGACAUUUCUAGAGGCAGACACGAAUCGAGAUGGAAGGAUUGAUCCAGAAGAAUGGAAGGAAUUGGUCAUAAGAUAUCCUUCUCUCAUUAAGAACAUGACUCUACCAUGCUUAAAGGAAAUUACUCAAAUGUUUCCAAGCUUUGUGAUGACAACAGAAGCUCGAGAUUCAGAACUAGUGUCCUGAAAACUGACCCGUGGCAACUGCCAAAUUCUAUCCUGCUACUGCUGUACUGAUCAACAAGUAAAGUACCGGUUCAAUUUUCCCUUUUUCUUCAUUUCUGGUCAGAUAGUUAUCUGUUCUUAGGCAACCAUAAACUGCAUAUGAAAUGUGUUUGCUAUAUAUGAAAGAUUGGUACGGACUAUAGCCUAACUACGGAUUUUGGUAAUUUUUCCAUCUCUACAAAAAUAACAUACCCAGUAUAAUCCCACAUAGUAGGGUCUGAGUAGGGUAGUAUGUAUGCAGACCUUACUCCUACCUUCUGAAAAUAGAGAGGCUGUUUCCAAUAGAUGUUUGUAAAAUGUAAUUGGCAAUAUUCAUAUGUAUGGAUCUUUGUUCGUAAUUCCACUAUAUACUGAAAUAAGAAUUCAGUUUC